AUGCUCGACCAAAAGGCGCUGUUUGACUCGCGUCAGCGGUCGCCGAGCGCGGUGGACACCGUUGUUUCUGCUGAAGCUGACUUGAAAGCUGCUGACAGUCCUUUCGAUUACAGUCCCGAUCAGCUUAACCAAUUGCUCAACCCCAAAUCCCUCGAUACACUCAACGCCCUAGGCGGUCUUGAGGGGCUCGCUCGCGGCCUCCAUGUCGAUGUUAAUACUGGUCUCAGCGUGGACGAGGUUGGAGCUCAGGAAUUCUCGAAGGGUCCUGCCGAUGCCAGGUUUCGCGCGUUUGGGCGUAACCAACUCCCCCCGAAGAAACCCAAGUCAAUCUGGCGGCUAGCAUGGAUCACACUACAUGAGGCGGUCCUCAUCAUGUUGACGGUGGCUGGGGCUAUCUCCCUGGCCCUUGGUCUCUAUGAGACGUUUGGUGUCCCCAAGGAGCCUGGCGCCCCUGCGUCGGUCGAUUGGGUAGAGGGUGUCGCUAUUCUCGCUGCUGUUCUUAUUGUUGUGGUGGUCGCGUCGCAUAAUGAUUGGCAAAAAGAAAAGGCCUUUGUCAAGCUAAACACGAAGAAAGAUGACAGAGAGGUUAAAGUGCUCCGGUCUGGCAAGUCGAUGCUGAUCAGCGUCCACGACGUAGUCGUCGGGGAUGUUCUUUACCUUGAGCCGGGCGACCUGGUGCCGGUUGAUGGUAUCUUCAUCAAUGGCCACAACGUCAAGUGCGAUGAAUCAUCUGCGACUGGUGAGUCGGAUGCGCUGAGGAAGACCCCUGGCGCGGAGGUCUUUGACAUACAGUCGAAUCGUACGAAGGAGCCUGACCCUUUCAUAAUUUCCGGUUCAAGGGUAGUUGAAGUAGGCAUGGGAACCUUUCUCUGCACCGCGGUUGGUGUGAAUAGCAGCUUCGGCAAGAUCAUGAUGUCAGUCCGGACCGAUACCGAAUCGACACCCCUACAACGGAAGCUGGAAGGCUUAGCCGUGGCCAUUGCGAAGCUCGGUGGUGGUGCUUCUUUGCUCAUGUUCUUUAUCCUCCUCUUCCGUUUCUGUGCCUCCCUCCCUGGAGAUAAUAGACCCCCGGAGGAGAAGGCGUCUACAUUUGUCGACCUCUUGGUGGUGGCUAUUGCUAUUAUUGCUGUUGCUGUGCCUGAGGGUUUACCUCUUGCUGUGACACUUGCACUCGCCUUUGCCACAACGCGUCUCCUCAAGGAGAACAACCUUGUCAGAGUACUGCGGGCGUGCGAAACAAUGGGCAAUGCUACUUGCAUAUGUUCGGAUAAGACAGGAACUUUGACCACAAACAAGAUGACCGUUGUCGCCGGCCGCUUUGGCGCUUCUAGCUUCACUUCUGAUAUUCCUACGUGGGCCUCAACCCUGUCUCGGGACACCAAGCAGCUUAUAACCCAAUCGGUCGCCAUCAACUCAACCGCGUUUGAGGGCGAACAGGACGGCGCCAUGACAUUCGUAGGGUCUAAGACGGAAACUGCGCUCCUUCAGCUCGCCAAAGACCACCUCGGUAUGCAAUCUCUGCCCGAAGCCCGGGCAAACGAACAGGUCGUCCUCAUUGAGCCCUUUGACUCCGUCAAGAAGUACAUGGUCGCCGUCAUCAAGGUCCCAUCGGGAUACAGACUGCUCAUCAAGGGUGCUUCUGAAAUCGUCCUUGGAUUCUGCUCGUCGCAAAAAAAUGUAUCUGGUGACGAUGUUGAGCCCGUAAGCCGUGAAGCCAUGGAGGAGGCUAUCACUGCAUUUGCGCGGAAAUCUCUCCGCACCCUUGGAAUCGCGUAUCAGGAUUUUGAGACGCUCCCUGACCUGAAGGACCUGAGCGAUUUGACCCUCCUCGGCAUCGUUGGUAUUCAGGAUCCGGUGCGCCCUGGAGUUCCUGCCGCCGUGCAGAACGCUAAGCGGGCUGGUGUUACAACACGCAUGGUGACAGGGGACAACAUAAUCACUGCCCGGGCGAUUGCCGCCGAGUGCGGCAUUUUUACUGACGGGAUUAUUAUAGAAGGGCCCGAGUUUCGCCGUUUGUCUGAAGAGGAGCUUGAUAAGAUCAUUCCUCGGCUGCAAGUUCUAGCCCGAUCGUCUCCUGAGGAUAAACGCAGUUUGGUCACACGUCUGAAGGCUCUAGGAGAAACAGUGGCUGUCACCGGAGACGGCACUAAUGAUGCGCCAGCUCUCAAGGCUGCGGAUGUUGGCUUCUCCAUGGGCAUUUCGGGUACUGAAGUCGCAAAGGAGGCAUCGGAUAUUAUCCUCAUGGAUGAUAACUUUACCUCGAUUGUCACUGCUCUGAAAUGGGGACGCGCCGUCAAUGACGCUGUACAGAAAUUUCUCCAGUUCCAAAUCACAGUCAACAUCACCGCAGUGAUACUGUCGUUUGUCACAUCCAUGUCUGACGACAACAUGGAGCCAGUCCUCAAGGCUGUGCAGCUACUCUGGAUCAACCUCAUCAUGGACACCAUGGCCGCCCUAGCUCUAGCCACGGACCCUCCCACUGACGCCAUCCUCGAUCGACCUCCCCAGCCCAAAUCCGCACCACUCAUCACCAUGAAUAUGUGGAAAAUGAUAAUCGGGCAAUCCAUCUUCCAACUCGUCGUCACCCUCGUUCUCUACUUCUCCGGCGGAACAAUCCUGAACUACGACGUCAGCAUCGCCAGCGAAAAGCUACAACUCGACACCAUCAUUUUCAACGUCUUUGUCUGGAUGCAGAUCUUCAACGAACUGAACUGCCGUCGACUCGAUAAUAAAUUUAACGUCUUCGCAGGAGUCCAUCGGAACUGGUUCUUCAUCGCCAUAAACCUGAUCAUGAUCGGUCUGCAGAUUGCUAUUGUGUUUGUCGGUAACAGAGUCUUUGAUAUCCAGCCUCAUGGUCUGGAUGGGCCGCAGUGGGCGAUCUCGAUUCUUAUCGCGCUGUUUAGUCUUCCGUGGGGUGUUGCUGUGCGCGUUCUUCCGGAUGAGUGGUUUGCGAAAGCUGUUUAUUUGAUGGCACCGCCGUUCGUUAUUGGGUAUAGGUUGAUGGCGGAGGGAUUCUGCAAGUUUGGCAGAUUGUUUAAAAGAACGAGAGAUGCGAACCAAGACGGGGAGAAGUUGCCUCCGGGGCAACUGGGCUGA